AUGAAGAACCUAUACUUUGCCCUCUGCUUGGCUGUUGUCUUUAUUGGGAUUUGGAGAGUAUUGCGCAUUGGCCGACGGGACCAGAAGCUCCCUCCUGGCCCUCCAACGGUGCCGAUACUGGGAAAUGCGCACCAGAUCCCACUGACGGGACUUGGGAAAAAGUUCGAACAAUGGGCCAAAGAAUAUGGUCCAAUCUAUUCGCUGAAGGUGUUCAAUUCCACGAUGAUUGUGAUUGCGGAUCGCAAAGCCACUUACGAGCUCCUCGACAAGAAAGGGAGCAUUUAUUCGGAAAGACCUUUUCUUGCCAUCCCGACGUAUGUCAGUCGUGGUCACCAUAUGACAUUUGAGCAGGCGACUCCCAUGUGGAGAGAAAAACGCACUGUUGUCACUCGCAAUCUGAACCCCAAAUCACUGGACACGAAGCAUUUUCGGAUUCAGGAGGCCGAGUAA